AUGGACUCCAUAAUCACCCACCGCUAUCAGGUGUCCAACCCCAGAUUUAACAAAGGAGAGCCUUCAACAAUGCAUACCAACGAUAACCUUUUACUGGAGAUUGCAAGCCAUCAAAGUUACAACGAUAAGGAUUCAAUCACAGAUGUGGUUCCAGAAAUAGUUGACCACGAAGAACCGGAAACUCAUCCUCUAGAAAGCUCUAUACCGGAAUUAAUUUCCUUACUCGAUGAACGAAUCGAGAACCUUAGGUCGUAUAUCGCUGUCGUCGGCUCGGCCUGGAUUGACAACGCAGAUGAUAAUGCAUUAACCGACAACGUAAUUUCCGGUGAAAAUAUGCACGCGCAGGAGAUGGAAAUUGCCCAAUCAACAACGCAAGACAAAGCCCGGAAAAGCGAACCAAAGUUGCUACCAGGGGAGAAAACUCCACAUGCCUCAGUUGACGAGACUGUCUGUGAUUACAAAGAGCAUAUAUAUGUGUCUGAAGACCAAGUGCAAAACUUGAAAAGCACACAACAACUAAUUCUCCUUUACAAGUGCAUGAGUUUACCAGAAGAACAUUCAAGAUAUGGUCUUGUUAUAUCCCCACCAGUGACUAGUCUUCAAAGAUCAGUUUCUGAACGAGGAAUAAAAAGACCUCUCACCUCUUUGCGAAAGAGGCCAUUGACAAUUACCGAAGAAACCCUCCAUGCCGAAAAGAGGGACAAGAAGCUUAUAUACUCUGCAUCGAAACAUGGGGUGUACAUGAAACAUAGUAACGGUAGUUGUACCUCGUUACCAGGAAAUGGCAACUCAAUAUUCGAAACCAGCAAUAACUACAAACACUAUACUUAUCAACCACCACGAACCCCAAUUGAUCGAGAAGAUUUGAUAAAUGUAAGUAACGAAAUCAUUAAUUUCAUUGCUUAUAACGAUAAGCACCCCAACGGAACCCCUUCGCCCCCAUCAAGAGAAACAUUAUUGGAACCUAUCGUUUUUAGCGGUGACUAUGGAAAUACCCUGGAAAUAAGCUUACAUUAUCCGGGUAUUCGCGGAACAAACAUGAAGUGCAUAACAAACCUUGAGCAGACUAUUGAUGGUGAUAAUAAUAACAAUAAUGAGGAAGGCGAAAGAGACCAACCAAAAUCCGGUAACUAUUUCCCUACUUCCAUUAUCCCACCUAUUCGAAAGACACUGCAUAUUCACAAUAUAUUAGAAAGAAUGACAAUCAAGAGCAUGUUUGCUAAAAGGGGAACUGCUCCUUCCCGACCUGCUAUCAUUAACCCUUAUAGUAGAGACCUGGUACUUUCAUUGGAUACUUCGAUUGAAAGUGAAAAUGGAAAGCGGCGAGAACAGCAGCUGCAUCAUCUACAUACAAAGCUUCGUACCAAUGAUAAUGGAACUGAACCAUUAUCUCCCGUGCUAGUUGUUCAAGGUUCUGAAAGAGGAAUCUCUACUCCAUUGAUUAGCUCUUCCCAUGAAAGAUUAUUGAAGCAUGGAACACCACCUUCAUCGGCUGAUUUCAUUCCUCACCGCCCUGUUCCAACCACACCAUCACCAGUGAUUGUAUCUAAAGCUGGCACCCCAAAUACAUCCCCGCCACCGCCUAUGGAAAGAGCUCACUCACUACAAGCUUCUGAAAAGAGUAGGUUAUCAAAGAAAUUCCCCAAGAAGUUAUUUAGGAAGAACUCCAAUGGCGACUCUGCUUUCUAUGAGAGAAUCUUGGGAAGGCCAAAGAAAUACAGCGCAGACAGUGAACCUACCACGGAAGAAGAAUUGGAAUUGCUUGCAUUAGAAAUUGAUGAUCUUGAACAACACAAUAUUGACAAAGAGGUUAAAGACAACACCAUAAAGAACUUUUUAAAAUCAGAUAUCAUGGAAGAUCAUCAAGUUGUUGUUGACGCAUUUAAGAAAUUGUUGGAGGAAAGCUUUUAG